GGCGCGGCCCGACCAAUGGGCGCGGGCGUUGCUGGGGGGACGAUGCGGGCGGCGGUGUGGAACGCGCGGGCGGCGCUGCUGUACUCGGUGGGCGGCUGGACCCUGCUGGGGGCCAUGCUCCACUACCGCUCCAGCAGCACCGACGGCGGCACCGAGAGCGGCGGCGGGCUCGGGAAUGAAAGUGAUCCUCAGGCAAACCAAGAACCCCGCAAGGAAGUAUUCUCUAGAGAAACACCUUUAGGAUUUCAAGUGACAACAGUAAUAACAUACAGAGAUGAUAUACCUCCUAUUACUCGACUGCUCAGGCGUGUGAAGUCAUUGUUUGAUUCAAAUGACAGCCCUCCUUCUGAAAAUUAAAUGGUUUGGAAGCUCAGAACUUUGUGCUGGAGCUGGCGUCUCCGAGAGAAUCAUCCUGGUGCCUGGCACCAGACCAUUGGUGUAAAAGUUUCUCUUGUGUUGCUGAAAUGACAGCUCCAUCUGUGACAUAACCUCGCAGAGCUUGCAAACCUUCUCGUCUGCUGGGGUCACUGCUGCUCUUUGCAUGUGUGUUCAAAUUACGAACGACAGACUGGAUUCAGAUAAGCAUGUUGUGAGAUGUUAACAUAUCUGUGUGCUGCCUGGUGUCCUGUGUCUGGUGGUCUGACCAGGUGGCCGUUGCAGAUCUCCUGUGACGUUGGUUUCCCAGCUGGUGAUCCAGGACAUACCUGGGUGAUCGAGGAUGUACCCAGAAUGGCUCCUCAACUGAUCAGCUCUGAAACAGAUACUUUAGGAACGAUGAGUAAACAGGAAGGAACAUAGUUUAAUCUUUGGGGUAUGAGAGUUGUUAAUUGUCCUUCAAAUAAAAGCUUAAAGAGUUGAA